UUUUUUUUUUUUUUUUGAUUACUAAUACACACACGCUUUUAUUGGUAAGUACUAAUUAGUACCUAACUCAACCACCUUUACCAAAUGUUCUGUUAAAGUUAAUAUACCAAACGUUUAUGUUUCAGGACGUGUACCUAUCAGAAGCUAUAACCCAUUUUCCUACAAUAAGUAACUGAUGUAAGAGACGUUACGUAAAAUUUUUUUCGAUCAGUUCAUUCCCAAUUAAGCUCAUUUCCAGUGUCAUCUGAUGCUAGAUUAAGUGAAAGACCACACGGUACUCUCAAACAGAGUCGUAAGCAUUUUCUCCAUGUGUAUGAGCAACAUUGGGUAACGCAUCUAUUUAAAUCACUCUCUGUGUUCUCUUUGGCUUCAUCAACAUUCCGACAAGAAAAAAAGAAAAAGAUCGUUAUGACAGUCAACGCAGAAAACAUCAUUCCGACAAGAACGCAUGUCUUGAUCUUCCCAUUUCCGGCACAAGGUCACAUGAUUCCCCUCUUCGACCUCACCCACCGUCUCGCUAUCCGCGGCGGCUCCGCCUUAAAAAUCACCGUCUUAGUCACUCCAAAGAACCUUCCUUUCCUCUCUCCUCUCCUCUCCGCCGGUCUCAACAUCGAAGCUCUCACCCUCCCUUUCCCCUCUCACCCUUCAAUCCCCUCCGGCAUCGAAAACGUCCAAGACCUACCUCCUUCCGGCUUCCCCACCAUGAUCCACGCGCUCGGUGGUCUCCACGCGCCGCUUCUCUCUUGGAUCACGACUCACCCUUCUCCUCCUGUAGCCAUCGUCUCUGACUUCUUCCUAGGAUGGACUCAACACCUCGGGAUCCCUCGUGUCGAGUUCUCUCCUUCCGCCGCCGUCACUUGCUGCAUCCUCAACACUCUUUGGAUCGAGAUGCCAACCAUCGGAGGCGAUGAUGAGAUUCUCGAGUUUACCAAGAUCCCGAACUCUUGGAGAUACUCUUGGUCUCAGAUCUCUUCGAUCUACCUAAGCUAUGUUGAUGGAGACAAAGCUUGGGAGUUCAUAAGAGACUCGUUCAGAGACAACGCGGCGAGUUGGGGACUCGUCGUGAACUCUUUCGCCGACAUGGAAAGUGUUUACCUCGCACACCUGAAGAAAGAGAUGGGCCAUGAUCGUGUAUGGGCCGUAGGCCCAGUUCUUCCGGUGUCCCUGGGUGAUCGUGGUGGUCGGACAUCAGUUUCUGUCGAUCACAUGAUGUCGUGGCUAGACGCACGUGCGGAUAACAACGUGGUUUAUGUGUGCUUCGGAAGUCAAGUUCUGUUGACUGAAGAGCAGACUCUCGCUCUCGCUUCUGCGCUUGAGAAAAGCGGCGUGCAUUUCGUUUGGGCCGUCAAGGAGCCCGUGGAGAGAGAUUCGUCACGUGGCAACAUCCUGGAUGGUUUUGAAGAUCGUGUGGCUGGGAGGGGUCUGGUGAUCAGAGGAUGGGCCCCACAAGUGGCUGUCCUACAGCACAGAGCCGUGGGAGCGUUUCUAACGCAUUGCGGUUGGAACUCAGUGGUGGAGGCGGUUGUCGCCGGCGUUCUGAUGCUGACGUGGCCGAUGCGAGCGGACCAGUAUACAGACGCGACUCUGGUGGUGGACGAGUUGAAAGUGGGCGUUCGUGCCUGUGAAGGACCAGACACAGUGCCUGACCCGGUGGAGUUAGCUAGAGUUUUUGUUGAUUCCGUCCCCGGGAAGCAAACGCAGAGGAUACGAGCCAUGAAGCUGAGGGAAGCAGCGUUGGAUGCGAUCGUUAACCAAGAACGUGGAAGCUCGGUUAAGGAUAUGGAUGGAUUCAUCGAACAAAUCGUUAGCUUAGGACAAAAGAAAUGAUGCAAUCUAUGAGAGUGUACUCUGUUUUUUUUUUUUUUUUUUGUCGAAGUGUACUCUGUUUAAUUGUCGUAAGAUGAUAAUAAAAGGAAAAUUGGAGCCUAUAACCAAAAAAAACCGUAACACCCACUAGCCAUUUUCUCUAACAGUCCUAUACACGCCAGUUAAAUAUAUGUAUUCUCAUAUCUUGCAUUUCUGAAUAUAAUAUUAAUAUUUUUUAAAAAAUUAAGUUAAAAUCCAAAUUUAUAUAUUAUUAGAGAUGUAAAACUAUCUGAGUUAAAUUUUAGAAUAAUAUUUCAACAUCAUAUAUUUUUAAAAUUUUAAACAGAUAUGGAAAAAACUUAAAAUUUUCAAAAUUGUUUGAUUGAAUUAGUACCCGUGAAUGAGUAUUAUAAACCUAAUUAAUUACAUUGAAUAGUCAGUUUUAUAUUUAUUUUGAAACAAAAAGUAUCCAAAUUUUAAAUACUUUAACAAACCCUAUAAUAAUUUUGGUUAGAAAAAUUAUAAAUUUUACUUUUAAUUAUAAAAGUAUCAUUAAUCGAACCCAAUCCCAACAUAUGAAACUCAAAUGAAAACUAAACUUGAAAUCCAAAAAUUUGAAUAGCUAAAAGAAGUGGGUCAAACUGGACGGGGGUUGAUCGUGUCGGGUCAAGUAUAAUUCGACCCGAAAAAGAAUGACGUUGUUCGUUUCCUUAUCUUCUUCGAUUCUCUUAACAUUCCCUUCCCUCUAUCACACAUCCACACAACAAAAAUAAAUGACUCUCACCGUGAGCAGCGGUGGCGGAGUCUCUAGGCUCCACUCCAUAGACCUCACCGAUUCUUACCGUAAUCCCUUCUCCACCUUCAAACUCAUAAACUUCCCUUAUCCAUCAAGAACUCGUCUUCACGUGGUCUCCGCCUCCAAAAAAGCCUCCUCCCAAACCGGUCGGUUCGACAGCAAAAAGCGCCGAACCCUCGUCCCGACAACAACAACCAAGGAACAGCCGGAAGAAAGCAUCAACGACGACGACACAGCACCGUCUCAGAUCGAAUUUGCCGACGACGAAGAUAGGUUUGCGGUGAAUACACGCUUCAGAGGCGAUCCCAAAGACGCUCCCAAGUUCUCGAUAAAGGAUCUUCCCGGGCUUGAACCUGAUCCAUUCGAAGGUCCUCAGUGGGAUGGUUUAGGUUUCUUCGUUCAGUACUUGUGGGCUUUCGGCAUCGUUUUCGCGUUAAUCUCCGGUGGAAUUGCGGCGGGGACGUAUAACGAAGGUGCGACGGACUUCAAGGAGACGCCUGUUUACAAGGAGGCGAUGGAGUCUCGUGACCUUCUUGACGAAGCAGAGGGUUCGAACUCGGAAGAUGUGUUUGAGUCCAAUCCGACAGAAGUCGCGCCUAGUUUGGAGUAGUUUUAGUUCAGUGUUUUGUUAAAGCUAUAAUUCGAAGUUGAUCAUGAGCUUCUUGUGUUCAUAUAAUGUUACAGAAUCAAAGCGAAAAAAAGCGAUUAUUAAAUAAGAAUGUUGUGUUUUUA